GCCGGGGGCCCUCGCUUUGCCCGGCCGGCCUUGCCCCUUCCUUCCUUCCCUUCGGACGGCGAGAGAGAGACGUCCAGGCGCCUGCAACGGACCUACGCCGCCGCCGACACUUUCUUUCUCCGCAUCCCCAAAAUACACAGGACCUUCCAGGAAGAGCAUUGAUGUGCUGCGAGACCCCUUGGCGGUGCCCGAGCCCCCCUCCCCACCUCCUCCGUGGCGCAGGGAAUGCCUUUCCUCUGGGUCCGGCAGAGGAGGCCUUGGCUGUCCAGUUGUCCUGAGCCCCCCGGCCGGCCUUUGGGGCGACCCCUGGCCCCCUCCCCCUCCUUGCGGCCCCUCCGAUGGCGGCCAAGUGGUUCAAGGACUUCCCCUCCCACCUGAAGACGGACCGAGCCAGCCUGGGCAAGCUCUCCCGCAAGGGGCCCGGACCCUCCGAACCGUCCUGGAGCGGGAAGAACCGCAAGAACUCGGCCAGCGAGGGGGGGGCCCCGCGGACGGGGACGGGACCCCCGGGGGGCAAGGAGGGCAAGGAGGGCGGGGGCAAGCUGUCCCGGGACAACCUGCAAGGGCUGCUCCAGGCCGCCGCCGGGAAGAUGCGCAAGAACUCCCGGGCGGACGGGCCCCCCGCCGAGGAGACCAAGCCCCCCAAGGGCGGCGGAGGAGGAGGAGGCGGCAACUGCGGGACGUACAUCAACCGGCUCAUCAAAGUGGACGCCCACGACGGGAAGAACUACGCCGGGAACGCGGCCCUCCCCGAGCCAGAGAAGGCCAAGGCGGAGACGGUCAUCAUUCUGGAGGAUUACGCCGACCCCUUCGAUGCCAAGCGGACCAAGGGCCAGAGAGAGGCCGAGCGGCUGGGCGAGAACGACGGCUACAUGGAGCCCUACGACGCCCAGCAGAUGAUCACAGAGAUCCGGAGGCGGGGCUCCAAGGACCCGGUGCCCAAGGCGGCCCUGGGGCGGGAGGAGGCGCCGGACCCCCGGGCCCCCCCACCCCUCUACGACAGCCCCUACGAGGGGCCCGACGCGGGGACCAAGGCAGAGGCCCAGCUGGCCGAGAAGGACGACCGCCCGGCCACCGAGUACGAGCAGCCCUGGGAGUGGAAGAAGGAGCAGGUGGCCAAGGCCCGCUCGGUCCAGUUUGAGGGGUCAGCGGAGCCUCCGGACGUGCCCUUGGAGGAGCCCCCCCGCCCGCCCCACCGCCGCCAGCGGAGCUGCCCCUCCCGGAUGGUCAAGCCUGGCGCGGCCGACCCCGGGGCCGAAGCGGAGCCCCAAGUGGACCCGGCCCUGGCCCUGGCCCUGGAGAAGCAGCCGUGGUUCCACGGGGCCAUCACCAGGGCCGAGGCCGAGAGCCGGCUGCAGCCCAGCCCAGAAGCCGGGUACCUGGUGCGGAGCAGCGGGACCGGGCCCAGCAAGUACUCCAUCGCCCUCAAGACGAGCGAGGGCUGUGCGCACAUCCUGGUGGCGCAGAGGAAGGACGGGCGCUUCUGGCUGGGCCCGGGCGGGGGCCUCUUUGGGAGCCUCCCGGAGGUGGUGCGCCACUACGCCGCCCGGCGCCUGCCCCUCAAGGGCCCCCGGAACAUCCCCCUCCGCUUCCCCGUCCCCGCCAAGGGCCACUAGCCCGCCCACCCCCACGGACCCCCGCCGGACCCCCUCGGCCCGGCCUCGGACACCCUUCCUGCCACAAGAUCCCCUAUGUCAACACAGUGGGGGAAAAACUCUAUUCCUGGUUUGGUAAAGAAUAACACUAAAAAUUAUAAUGAUCAUAA